CGUUAUCCCGCUGCGUCAACCGCCCAAAAAGUUUGUAUUUUACCAUGAUAGUUGUUCAUUUUUAUGUACGCAGUUUAAGCGGUACAUGUGAGCGAUGGGAGGAGAGAAGAACGCCAAAGGAGACGAGAAGGCCAAACACAAACCAACGAAGCUGAAAAGGCUGAGUGAUCAUGAAAGCGCUGCUGGAGAUAAAGCAUCCACCAAGAACAGGUCUGCGCAUGCGCUUAUUGCAAAGUCACUUAAAUCUACAGAGAAAACUCACAAUGGAAGGUCUCAAAUGAAGGGCAAGACUCCUAAGAAAGACUCUGUGAAGACAGCCAGCAGCCCCAGUGAAGCUGUGAAACAGGAGCAAGAGGAUGACGACUUCACUACUAAACAGAGAGGGUUGAAAAGGAAAAGAAUUAAGGAUGAACCCAUGGAAGGCCCUUCACACUCCACUGCUACACCAAGCUCGAGCUCAAAGAGAAAAAGAAAUCAACACAGGCAGGAAGAGGAAUGUGACGAAGAGGCUCCGAAGAAGUCAAAGAAGAAAACCGAAAAGACGGUAAAGAAAGAGGAAGGGGAGCACCUCAUCUCCAAAAAAGCUAAGAAGACAAAGACGGAGAUUGAGGAGGCGAAACAGUUGAAGAUCAAAAAGAAAGAGGAGGAGGAGCAGAGCCGCUGGAGAUGGUGGGAAGAAGAGAAGUAUGAGGAUGGGGUGAAGUGGAAGUUCCUCGAACACAAAGGACCCUAUUUUCCUCCUGAGUACCAGCCGCUGCCUGACAACGUUCACUUCUAUUAUGAUGGCAAGAAGGUGAAGCUGAGCUUGGCAGCUGAGGAGGUGGCACUUUUCUUUGCCCAGAUGUUGGACCAUGAGUACACCACCAAGACCGUGUUCAGGGAGAACUUCUUCACUGACUGGAGGCAGGAAAUGACCGAUGAGGAGAGAAAGCUGAUUCAGGACCUAGACAAAUGUGACUUUGGAGAGCUCAGUGCCAUGCAUAAAGCCAAGGUGGAGGCCAGAAAGAACAUGACUAAGGAGGAGAAACUGGCUGUGAAAGAAGCCAACCAGUUGAUUGUGGACGAGUACGGCUUCUGUCUGCUGGACCAGCACAAAGAGCGCAUCGGGAACUUUAAGAUUGAGCCUCCGGGGCUGUUCAGGGGCAGAGGAGAGCAUCCCAAGCAGGGCAUGCUGAAGAAGAGGAUCCAACCAGAGGAUGUCAUCAUCAACUGCGGCAAAGAAUCUUGUAUCCCAGUGCCCCCUGCUGGUCACCGCUGGAAGAAGGUGCAACAUGACAACUCGGUGACAUGGCUGGCCAGCUGGACUGAGAACAUCCAGGGAUUGAUUAAAUACAUCAUGCUCAAUGCCAACUCCAAACUAAAGGGAGAAAAGGACUGGGAGAAAUUCGAGGUCGCUCGGAAACUGAAGUCCCGUGUGGACGACAUCCGUAACCAGUACAACAAGGAUCUCAAAUCCAAAGAGAUGGUCGUACGGCAAAGAGCUGUUGCCCUCUACUUCAUAGACAAGCUGGCACUGAGAGCUGGAAACGAGAAGGAGGAGGGAGAGUCGGCAGACACGGUGGGUUGCUGCUCCCUGCGUGUGGAGCACAUCACCCUCCACGAGAAACUGGAGGGAAAUGAGUGUGUGGUGGAAUUUGACUUCCUGGGUAAAGACUCUAUUCGCUACUACAACAAGGUCCCCGUCAUCCGGAGGGUUUUUAAGAGUCUUACUUUGUUCCUGGAGAGCAAGAAAGCUGGAGAUGACCUCUUUGACCGCCUUACUACAAGCAUCCUGAACAAGCACCUGAGUGCUCUGAUGCCAGGUCUGACUGCCAAGGUCUUCAGGACAUACAACGCCUCCAUCACUCUACAGCAGCAGCUCAAAGUGCUCACCAACAAGUCCGACAAUUUGGCAGAGAAAAUACUGUCCUACAACAGGGCGAACAGAGCAGUUGCUAUUCUAUGUAACCACCAGCGGGCGCCGCCAAAGACCUUUGAUCAGUCCAUGGCUAACCUUCAGGCCAAGAUUGAAUCUCGAAAAGAACAGCUGUCCCUGGCAAAGUCAGAGCUGAAGGAGGCCAAGAAGGAGGCCAAGACAAAAGGCUCCGAUCCCAAGCUGCAGCAGCUGGUGGAGCGGAAGAAGGCCGCAGUGCAGCGCUGUGAGGAACAGCUGCUAAAGAUGGAGGUCCAGGCGACCGACAGAGAGGAAAACAAACAGAUAGCGCUCGGUACCUCCAAGCUCAACUACCUGGACCCACGAAUCAGCGUGGCCUGGUGUAAGAAGAUGGAGGUACCUGUAGAUAAAAUCUACAACAAGACUCAAAGGGACAAGUUCGCCUGGGCCAUCGACAUGACGGAGGAAGACUUUGAAUUCUAACGUUACACUUCUCUCAGAAGCUGAUGGGAGGAUGCAGUCAAGGAACCAUUCACCUUAUAAUGCAUACAGUACUUCACAUUUUUACAUGUGUUAUAUGUUCAUAGACUAUUGAUGUAUUUCUGAGAUCAGCACUAUCAAACACACAUUUGUUAUCUGCUGUUUGAGACUUUUUGGCACUUGAUUUUGAUAAUCACUUUUGGUUUGUUUUGUUUUUGCAUUUACUUGAAUAAAAGUUUCUACUAUGCAGAAGUGA